CCCCACCCACGCCCGCGAGCCGCUUCCCUGCGCCCACGGACCCUUCGUUCCCUAAGGUUGCGUUUCCCCGCGUGGCCUCCGCGGGGCCGCGCGCGGGCCUCGGGCCCGGCCGGGGAGGCCAGGGCAAACAUUCCCUGCGCGGCCGGCGGGGUAAAGGCCUGCAGCCCCGCGCGGGUCGCCUGGAGACGACGCCUCCGCUAGGCCUGCCUGGAGCCCGGAGGGGCCGCCCGCCGCGCCCAGGCGCGCUCGGCGUCUCGGUGCCCACCGCGCGCUGCGCCUCGGACCAUGCCGGUGUCAGACCAGGCAUUUGUCACGCUGGCCACCAAUGACAUCUACUGCCAGGGGGCCCUGGUGCUGGGCCAGUCGUUGCGGGACCACGGGGCCACCAGGAGGCUGGCGGUGCUCGUCAGCCCUCAGGUGUCCCACCUGCUCAGGGUGAUCCUCUCCAGGGUGUUUGACGAGGUCAUCGAGGUGAACCUGAUAGACAGUGCAGACUACAUCCACCUGGCCUUCCUGAAGAGACCCGAGCUUGGAGUCACCCUCACCAAGCUUCACUGUUGGACGCUCACCCAUUAUAGCAAGUGUGUCUUCCUCGAUGCAGACACGCUGGUGCUGUCCAAUAUCGACGAGCUGUUCGAUAGGAGAGAGCUCUCGGCGGCCCCGGAUCCUGGAUGGCCGGAUUGCUUCAAUAGUGGGGUAUUUGUCUUCCAGCCUUCCCUGGAGACGCACGGCCUCCUGCUGCAGCACGCCGCUGACCGCGGCAGCUUUGACGGGGCAGACCAAGGCUUGUUGAACAGUUUCUUCAGUAGCUGGUCCACGGCAGACAUCCAGAAGCACUUGCCGUUCAUCUAUAACUUGAGUAGCAACACGGCGUACACCUACAGCCCUGCUUUCAAACAGUUCGGCUCGAGCGCGAAGGUGGUCCACUUUUUGGGGUGCACGAAGCCUUGGAACUACAAGUACAACCCGCAGACGGGCUGCGUUUCGGAGGAGGGCUCCGGGGCGCCCGGCCAGCACCAGACGUCCUUCCUUCACCUCUGGUGGGAGAUUUACCACCGCCGCGUCCUGCCUCUUUAUGAACAUAUCCGGCACGAGGACGGACAGUCGUCCUCGGGACACACGGCUCGCCUCGGGGGUGUUGGGGUGCCGUGUUCAGCGCCCCCCGCCGAGGGGUCGUGUGCAGAUGCUGUGCGCCGCGCCGGGGAGCCGUGUGCCGAUUCGGCGGAGGGGCCCAGCCAGCCUUGGCCUACUGAGGACGCUUCGGAGGGGACCGUGGUGGUGGUAGAGGAGGAGGACCCCACUGCGCCUGAAGCGUGCCCUUCAGGAGAUAUGAUAGGUUGGCCAGAAAUGGAGACUUCCGCGGGAGAGAUGUGUGACCCCUUGUCACCACCCUUCCCCCAAUUCGCAGACUUCAUAGAGACCCACAUGAACUUGCAGCCGGCGGAGAACGCGGGAGGUGGCCAAUCUCAGGACGCCUUGGAGCCAAGCCAGGAGCCCCCCACGCCCCCCGUGGAUGUCAUCAGGGACCCCAGUCUCCAGGAUGCUUUGCAGGUGGACCUGGCCAUCUCUGUCUCCGAGAUUUCCAUCGGAGAAAAGGUGAAGGCGCUGAGUCCGGAGGAGGAACGGAGGAAGUGGGAGGAGGGACGCAUCGACUACCUGGGGAAGGAUGCUUUUGCCCGGAUCCAGGAGAAGCUGGACCGCUUCCUGCAGUGAUGGUGCCGUUGCGUUGGGUGGUCCUGUUCCCUGAACAUCUCGAGUCCUUUCCAGGGGAAGGCUCUUCAACGAUGUGCCUCUAGUUAUCGUUGACCACCUUGAGUGCCUCAUGUCAGUCACGUGGUCCAUCCAAAACCCAGCUCGAAGCCCCGUGUGACCCCAGCUACCCAUGCCUCCUGGGCUUCCCCGGGAGGUGGCAUCUCCUUUACACCUUGUCAGCAAAAGGGAGCAGCCAUAACCGUGUGGUCGACCCCGGGUUUCUGGUCUUGCUCACAGUUGCUCAGGAUUCUGCCCUGGAGAGAUGCUACCCUUUCCAUCCUACAUAAGAUUAGAUGUCAUUGCAGAGCUUCUGUCCCAAAGCUUGUACCACUGGUCUAGGUAUUGAGUGACGUAGGAUCCUUCCGGAAGGAAAAGUCCUGUCCUUGCAGACUAAGCAAACGUCCAGAUGUCUUGAGCGUGACUCUGGUGUAGACUUUGCCAAGCAUGGCUGAGAAAUACCACGGCUGCGGUUCAUCUUUGGCAAAAAUACCCAAGAGGACUUCAGAGUGCGUCGAGAGACGCCCCAUGGGGACGUGUCAGAGAUAUUUGGAGGGAAGGUUCUAGCUGGCGUGGGAGAGGUGACCUCCUCCAAACUGGUUGACCUGCUGGUGUGGAAGAAACAAGGGUUUCUCUCGAAGGGUGUCUGGUGGCCACGUGCUCACAGUAGCUGGAUCUGGUGAGGCUGUUUGUUUCAAGGCAAACCCGUACACGCGCGGUCUAGGACACCGGACGGUCCUUUGCUGGGUCUCACUACCUCACUUCGCAGGAUGGAGUCACUGUGUUCUGCAAGCCAUUUCAACUCAGCUCUCUUGGGACAGUUCUCCGUCUUAGGACACCAGACACUUUGUUCCAUGAGAAAGCCUCACCUUCAGAAGCAUCCUAGUUCUGGGGAUGAAUGCCGUAUGUUGGAGCCUCUCCCAGGGUCUCCGUUGGUGGCCACCUCAAGGAUAAUGAAAGCCAGACAUCAGUCGCGCCACUAAAGAGCAGGAAAGGCAAUUUUUAAAUGUUUGAAUGGUUUGUUGAUCACGUGUGUAUUGUUGAAAAUCAUGAGUUCUUUAGACACAGGUUUGGAAUAAGCCUGAGAGGGCUGUCCAGAUCCAUCUCUGGGAUGUGGGUGGACUUCCGGGGUUUGCUGGGGCAUUUGCUUGUGUGAGGUGUGAGCUCUGGAGGGGUUGUUUCUUUCUCUCUGUGGGUGAAUGAUCUGUAGUCUUGGUUCCACACAUGUGAUGCUUUAGGGGUACUUUGCAAUAGUCACAGGGACAGAGUCCUUGGGUGGGUGGGGUGGGGCGGUCACGCACCGUCGGAGUUAUCCUGCAGGUUUGUGUCGGGGAAAGAACACCUGAGCUCUCCGUGCUAUGGUGUUGGACUAAGAGACACAGAAGCCCGAGUCUGGCGUCUGUGAGAGGAGAAUUCUGGAAGAGGAGCAUCUCCGUCUGGUGUGGCUUCUCUGGAGGAGAGGAUCCUUCAGUGCGUAUGGUCGAAGGCUCGUUGGCUUAACAUGUACUCUCGACGUGGAUGUCUGUGGUGCAUUCUAGGGUCUGUCCUCACGUUUGGGCGAAGGCUAGUGCAUUGCAAUUAAAAUUUUAAGACAGCAAUGGUCUCCUUCUGGCAUGUGUUUUGGGUGUGUUCUGAGCCAUCGGGAUAAUAUUUAUAGGAAUGUGACUGGCUUUGUCCUACCAUAAAUUUCAAUGACAAAGUGGAUUUUUCAGAAUUGAUAGUAGCAGUAAAACGAGUAGAACUGUUUACUUCUUACCCU